GCCGAGCGCCAACACUUGCCGGCCAGGCUUGGUCGAUUACAAUGCAGAAUGGAAAGUUCUGGUGCCAGUGGUGGGUAAAGAUCUUUUUAUUCACCAGCUUCAGCAUAUCUAACCUUCUGCUCGUCUUUCGAUCUGAAAAGAUUUGAGGUAGCCCAUUCAUUUCAGACUUCCUAAGUUCCUUGUGCUACUUUACAUGAUUUCAUUUGCUUGAGCUGAUGCUGAAGGCAUUUUGCUCUCGAGUCUCGUAGCCUCGCCCUUCUGCACGUAUCGCUGCAUCCGCAGUACAGAUGCCGUCAGUGGACAUGGUGAAAGCACCGGGCUUCGUAGUGGUCUGCACAUUCGGAGAGCCCUCCGUGAUCGCAGCGUUUGAUUGAUUCUCCACUUCCUUGUGUUCCUUGCGCUGCUGUUCGGCACAGACAGGGCACAUUCGUAGACACACGAAAUAAUUGAUUUGGCAGUUUCGGACAGACUGAUUCGCGUCUCGCUCGUUUCGAAUAGUGAUUGUCCUUUGUGGAUUGCCCUGCGCAACCAGUCGUGUUGCCCGUACAUUUGUACCCGGGUCUGGGCCAUCGGAGUGCCAUGGACACGAGCAGUGCUGGAUUUGCAGACAUUGAACUGCCGUCAAUCACACCCGAGGAGAGAGCCGACCUGCAGAAAGAAGCUCUUGAGUUCGAGCGGGAGGCGUUGGUACGUGACCUGGAGCCCACCGAGUACUUCUCCUAUCUUCGCUCGAAGCGAGUGCUGGACGCUAGCGACUGCGAGGAUAUACGGUCCGAGCGCACCCGAAAGAGCAAAUCCGAGCGGUUCCUGGAUGUAAUAGCGUGCAGAGGUUCAGCUGGCUAUACGCAGUUCUGCAAGGCCGUGCUGGAACGGCGUGUGCAGGCGCACUUGGUCAAGAAGCUGAACGUACGAAUGGCUGAGCUGGAAAGUUCAUUCCGGAGAAGGAAAGCUAUUGUCUUGAUGAGUGAGAAGUGGAAGAAGGAAAACCUAGCCAAUGUCCGGCGAGAGAGCAUUAUCAGUGAGGAGGAGAGGCAUAACAUUAUCGAGUCCAUGCGACACGGUCUUCCCAUUCCGUCCCUCACCGCCAUCAAGGUCUCAUCGAAUGACUGGGACACUGACGACUAUCCUAGUUACCCGGAGCGGAGUUCAUCACCAAGCUCAGCUUCCAACAGCCGGUCAGCAGUGGAGUGCUAUCAGAAGCAUGAUUCCAAUCCGUCCGUGGUGAUGUCACGCUAUGGCUCCUCCAACUCCAGCUCCGUUGGAUUGGUGGGAACUGUUACACCUGAUACAUACGUGCUGGGUUCGCUCAAGGAUGACGAUGAACAGCGCCGGUCCUCGUUCCCCGUUCGUCCCAUGUCCUGACACUGUCGAUGAGGGAUACUAAGGCAUUGGAAUCCAAGUAGAAAGCUGGGUAGGGCACGGAGAGAAGUGUUCUGCCUUAUUGAAGUACCAUAAUUCGUUUUUUUAAGAACUCGCAGACAUGUAUUUUAAAACAGAUUCUGCCGGCAUAUUGCAGCUGACAUUUUGCUUCGCUUGAAUAAUCCCAAUACUGUACGGGCCAUAUUCAAAGGACUUCUCCACAUUUUAACUGCUAUAACACAUUACCAUCACGCAUGCUACUUUGGUUUAUCACUGAGGCCGUAGUCUGGGAAUGCCACAUCAACGAGUUGAGCUUAUGUCUACUUUCUUCGCCCAUUGAGAACAGCCCUGGUAUAUUUGCUAAGGCACUUUUCUUUGCAUGAUAUGAUUUGUUCAAGCAGCUGUAAAGAUUGCUUAUCGUGUCUGACUAGACGGUCGUAUCAUUGUAUCAUUGUGUAUUUCCUGAAUAUAUAUCUCAGUACUGCUUGCAUCCGGUUUUUUGUGUGCCAUAUACAUAUAUGCUGAAAGAUUUCUGUGAUUUGCUUCUAAACUACUUCACACUUUAAUCAAAAUACCUGUUUUGACCAGGAAGUUUAAUGAAAUAUUAAUUUUGUUAUCACAGUA